AUGGCUGGAAGAGGUGAUCGGAAAAAUAGCGCUCAAAAUUCAACUUCACUCACUAAUCAUCCUAUGUUAGAUCCAGUCACACUUCAUAUGGCUUACUUGGCAGCACAGUUACGCAGUUUAGAGCAGAACCAACUUGCAUCAUCAGUCUUCACAAAAUCACCUCUGUCGUUGACCGAUUGUCUUUCUGCUCUAACAAAUUGUUCUGUGAACAAUUUGUAUAACGCUCCGAUGGGACAACGAUUGCAUUCUUUUUCGGAACUUACCAAUCAUCUAUCUGGCCGAUCAACUACAGCACUUGAUGCAAUUAAUCUCGCAACGACCUCGAUUCCGCAGACUUCCCAGCAAUAUAGUACGCUUGAUAUGAUGCUACAAAUGCAAAUGGUUGCCGCAACUGGUUUGAUGCCUCAGACCAUCAAUUUUCUACCUCCAGCCUCUUCACUUAGCGGUUUAUUAGGUCAUCCAUUAUCUUGUGCACCAAACAUGCCAGGUCUUACACCAAACCCAGCAUCUUUCAACAAUCUUGGUUUGUCUUUAGCGUCCGAACCACCUAGUUUAAAUCAGAUCGCUAUCACUGAAAGCAGCAAGAUCGAUUGGGCGCAGGAAUGCUUGGGAAAUUUAUUGCCUAAAGCUUCAACAAAUCAAGCUUCAAGUGAUCGUUUGUGUUAUUCGAUAGCAUGUGACACAAGUAAAAGUACCGAUGGCAGCCCAAAGCCUCAUUUAGAACUUAGAACUUAUUCAUUGGGUAGAAAAGAAACGUUAAAAAGGCCUACAACUGAGGCAAAUACUUUGAAACAGUUGUGCAAUGAAGAAGAGGAAAGUGCACCAUUCAAGAAACGAUUUAAGAAAUUCUCAUUUGAUGAAACAAUAGCUGCUGGAAGUAGUAAUCAUUUGAGUCGAACUGAUGGAAUUCAAACGAUGGCUUCUCGAUUAAAGGACUACGAAUGUCCAAAUCGUCAUCAUCCUAUUAAUCAUCGACCACCAGCAAUUGAAGCACGGUUUCUCGAAUGUAUGGCUGCAAUUGCUUUACACUCUGAUUUUCCACUUCUCAGUUUAACAAAUAUAAAAGAUCAAGAUGAAAAGGAGCAAGAACAAGGUGCUGAUGAAAACGAUACGGCGAAGUCCCGUCGUCAGCCUUGUGAAUUAAAAUCUCAGAUAUCAACAGAUGAUGAAAAACCCGAAAAGGAUACUGAAAGCCCUUGCAACUCGGGAAAUGGUGGCGCUAGCAAAAGUGCUGAUACUUGCACUGAUCUUAAAAAGGAUGAUAAUACAUUGGGUUUAUGGUCGAGUACUGCUGUUGAUGAGGAGCUCUAUGAGAAGUUCGAAACUUGUCGGGGCCCUGAUAUACCUGUUAUUCACGCAUAUGUUUUACCUUCAGAAGCCAAUGAAGAAAAAGCUGGUGAAGAAUCGCUUCCUGUUCAAUCAUUAGCCGUACCUUUGCCUGUCGUGAACAUGCUUCUCGAUCGAAUUUUGAAGACAAUGCUUGUUGAGUCAUAG